AUGAACAGCGAACAUGGCGGGCAGCCAUACAUUGCCGCUCAUACGUCGAGUUCAUACUCCAUCAACAAUCCAUACUCGCACGACGGACCCGAGGAGAUGGUGGAGUUGCAAAGCCCUCGUCCUUACCGAAGUCCCGCAUCUCACGACGACCAGGGCUCAGACUUUGACUUUCAGUUCCAGCAAGAUCAACAGUCGGCACGUCCGGCGAUUGUUCCCUACAGACCAGGCCUCGGACACAAUCCGCCAGACUACACCUCCUCACCGGGUCUCUUUCCCACGCCGCGCACUUCCUAUGGACCCGAGUCCUUUGUGAACUCACCUUUCGCCUCGCGCUCUGCUUCUCCCACGUUGUAUCAGCACUCUCAAUUUGAAAGCUCGGCCAGUCUAGGUCGAAUUCCCCUCGUCAGCAAGCCCGCGUCUCCGGCCUUCGCCAAAGACUGGAUCCACUCUGGAUCGAUUGCCCGUCUGAGCGAUCGCGAUGAUAUUGACAUCUGGAAAGGCUGGAAGCGAGUUGUUUUCAUGUUCACUCCGUUCUUGACCUUUGCCAACACCGCAAUCUAUCUCUUUUACCUUGGACUGCGGAUCUACUGCAUUAUCUCAGCUCAAAAUGCCGCGAACAUCACCUUCGCGGGUGCUUGGGUGUUUGUUGCCAUCGAGGUCGCGGUCAUGGUUCCCUCUUUGAUGCACAACUGCUGGACGAUGAUGGCGGCGAAGAAGCGCGGUCGACCCAAGCUUCGUUUGACCGGCAAUGACUGUCCCACCGUGGAUGUGUUCAUCACUUGCUGUGGUGAGGACGACGACGUCGUCAUGGAUACUGUUCGUGGUGCGGUUGACCAAGAUUAUCCCAUUGAGAGCUUCCGGGUCAUUGUGCUGGACGAUGGCAGGUCUGCCUCCCUGGAGGAGGCGGUCAACAACCUGGCCAUCACUUAUCCGAACCUUCACUAUAUGGCGCGCGAGAAGAUCCCGGGCAAGCCUCACCACUUCAAGGCUGGUAACUUGAACUACGGCUUAGAUCAGACGCACACUUUGGAAGGCGGAGCUGGUCAGUUCAUGGCGGCUCUGGAUGCAGAUAUGAUCCCCGAGCAACAGUGGCUUCGCGCAGUGCUGCCUCAUCUGCUGGUAGACCCCAAGAUGGCGCUGGCAUGUCCCCCCCAGCUCUUCUACAACACCCCCGCAUCUGACCCUCUCGCUCAAAGUUUGGACUUCUUCGUGCACGUGAUUGAACCCAUCAAGGACGCUCUGGGUGUGGCCUGGUGUACUGGUUCCGGCUAUGUUGUGCGACGCGAGGCUCUUGACCAGAUCGGCAAUUUUCCUCUUGGGUCUUUGGCCGAGGAUGUUGCGACGUCGACUCUUAUGCUGGGUAAAGGAUGGAAGACUGCCUAUAUUCACGAGCCUUUGCAAUUCGGCACAGUUCCCGAGGACUAUGGCGGCCACCUGAAGCAGCGAACCCGUUGGGCCAUCGGUACCGUGGACACGGCAUUCAAGCUCAAGUUCUGUCUGUGGGGCGAUGCGGUUCGCAAGAUGUCCUUUGCGCAGCGCUUUUCCGGUUUCCUGUACGCCACACUCAGUCUGUAUACCCUUCUGCUUACUGCGUCGAUCUUUGCGAUUCCCAUCAUCCUUUUGUGGGGUAAACAGCUUGUCGCGUAUGCGAAUCAGGACCAGCUCCACUGGUUGAUCUGGACUUGCUUCGCAACCACCCUUGCCAACCGUCUGUGCGAGUUUGCCUUGUUCAUCCCCGCCGGUUACCACACCGGUCAGCGUGGUUCGCGCUACCAGCUCUGGAUGUCCCCCUACAUUGCCUUGUGUAUCGUCCGCUCCUUCAUGCUCCCCUCCUGGCUCGGUGGGCAGACCCAGGCCUUCAAGCCUACCGGCUCGCUCGGCUCGGCCUUGAAUGAACGGGACGCCAAACUGCGCAAGAACAUGUUUGUUCGCCUUCGUGUGAUUCUCUUCAACUUCAUGGCUCUCUUCCACUUUGCCUUUGUUUACGUCACCCUGAUCGCCGUCGUGAUCUCGACCUACCGCUGUUUCAAAGUCGAAAAGGGCUUCAAAGACAUUGUCGUUUGCCUGCUCACCCAUGCAUUCUGGCCUCCUAUGACUUUCUUGUUCCUCUGCUCAUCGCUAUGGACCCCGGUGUCCUAUGCGAUCGAUCCCCCCAGCAUGCCAGACCGCGAGGAGCUCUUGAACCGUGACCCCAAGACUGGCGUCGCUCACCCCACCUCCAAGAGCAAGAAAAUUGCCUUUGGCGGCCAGGCUGCGUGGUUUGAGCUGGAGUUGACGGUUGGCACCGUGCUGACCGUGUUGGUGUUUGUCUACUCAUUCUUCUUUUAG